AUCCGGGAUCUUGCAAGUGCGCUCUCUCGCUUCUGUACGUAUUUGGUCAUUUCAGUUCCCUUCAGAGACCCGUGGACGGUACCCCUUAACCGUUCAACCUUUCAUAGAUAACGAGAAAUCCCCGCAAACAACGGCCCUCGCUGCUUGAUGGAGUUGGAGAAAUUGCAGUCGCAGUUGAAAAGCCAACUUCAGCAACACCAGGUAGGCUAUUUUCCAUUCGGAAGUGCGAUUGACAAACUAUGUCCACAAGUGUUUUGCAUGCAGAUUAGGUAGGCAAAAGGUUUUUGCGAUUUUCUAACUACCCGAAUGCUCAUUUACGUCAGGCUGUUAUAGGCCGUAGGUUCGAACAGAGAAUAUUAUGGUAGUUCGUAUUACAGCAUUCUUGGUCUAGAAUGGGUAUUCUGUCGGCGAAACGAAUCCGCGAAUUUCUUCGAACUCGAACGAGCGACACGGUACAUAUUUAAUCAAUUUUGCUGUGUAUACCUCCCCAUUAGUUCACUUGAACUUCUAGUAAAUGCAUAAAUUGCGGCGGUCGGUUCGAGUUUCGUUCUUGGCUGUGAUUUCACUGAUGUUUUCUCUCAAUUUUUGUAGAUUCUUAUUCAUCAAAUAAAGACAGAUCCACAGGUAAAAUAUAUUUUCGCUUCUUUUGAUCAGAAUGUUUCAGUGUGUUGGGUUUCAAUUGUUUUCCGUCGACGCAGUUUUUGAGAAAUAUUUUCAAACACGGAUAUCUCUAUUUUACAGAAUCCCGACCUUCAGAAAAAGUUACAGAGUCUUCAAGCCCAUAUUACAAGUUUAAGCGAACAACAGGUAGGUUUAUGGCGUAGAGGAGAGUUUAUUUAGGGCCAAAAAAGUGGCAAGGAGAGCCAUUAAAAAAUCACAUGCAAAUGUAGGAAGGAGAUUUUGCUCUGAGACAUAGAGGGUGGUGAAAAAUUAAAAUGCAGGGCAUUCAUGCUCAUAGGAGCCAAUCAAAAAGCGACAAAGUCCCGUGGGACUUGCUACAGGUGUGGACACAGCCAAGGAAAAAUGUUUUGUCGUGAAGUCAAGUAAUGUUGUUGUUUUCUCUCUUUUUACUACAGUUGUCGCAAAACGCUCGAAUUACAAGACUUAACUAAUAGCGUUUCAUGUUUUCGAUUCGCUACGAUUUUACGGCGUUCAUGAUCUUUGUUGAUCAAUGCUCUGAUGAACCGGAAGUGAGAUCAUACAUUUUGAUGCUUUCGUAUCUGUGGAGUGUCAAUUUGUGAGACGUUUUUUGCAUCUGUUAAAAAUUUGUUUUGUUCCAUUUUGGACCCUCUGUCACUUUUGACUCUUCUCUACCUCUGUUAUAGUUUCAAAGAUAACAAACUUAUUUAGACUUUCCCUUUCUAGCUUCCAAAAAUAUUUUGAUCUUAUAUGAUAACAACAAUACUUUGAACAAGAAUUAAUUUGGGGAAUUUGUGUUGUCUUGAAAAAAGAAAAGAAGAAUAAGUGGUAGGAAGGAAAUAAAAAAUAAAGGGUUCACUUUCAAGGUUCUGGCAUUUUUUUUUCUUGUUUGAAACUAGCUAGUUGAUAUUGUUCUGAUGCAUUUUCAUUAUACUAUUAAUAACUGUUUUGCAGAGUCAUGUUGUGAAGCAGUUGAGGCAAGAAUUAAUGAACAAAGCAGAAUUUAGGGGAGAGGUGAGUUGAAGCCAAUGUUACUAGAUAAUUUUCACAGUUUUUCUUCAUAAAGAACUUCUAUAUCUUGUUGUUGUCUUUUGCUGUCUUGCUUUCACACCUUCCUUUUGAAGACCCAUGUAUACCAGCAUCUUUGAGCACUUUUCCUUUUGUUUUGGCUGGGUUUAUUUGAUGAACUCUGAGUUCUGAUUGAUAACUUUCAACUUCAUGGAAUUCCAUGUAUGGUUCACAGUUUUCACAAUAGAUUCUUUAAGUCAUUUGCAAGGCUUUUUCUUAUUUCCUACAGAUAACUAAAUACUUUUUUCUUAAUUGUAGGAAAACAAUGUAAAAUCACCACUAAGUGAUAACCAUUCAAACAACAUCACCUCACCGGACAACAAGGAAGCAGUAUUUGCAUCGAGCAAACCUCUGGUCAAAAUAGAGCCUUCCAUUAAAAUGGAGAUGUCAAUCAAAACAGAACCACAGGAUGUUAAGCCCUUUAAGGUUGCCUCUCAGCAGAAGCCGCUGCCUAUCCAGCUUCCAAGAAUAAAGCCAAAGCCACCACCAGUGGUUCUUGUCACCCCUCAGGUGAUGAUAUUUACAUCUUUAUUAAAAAAAAGAUAUAUUGUUCUGGUUUCAAUAAAAUAUGGUACAAUUGGGUAGUUUAGAAUUGCAGUAUUAUCAACUGAGUUGAUAAUUUAAAUUUGCCACUGUAAAGAGUUUCAAAGCUGACAUUUUGAGGAACAGCCCUUUGUCAGAGGGAAUGGAGGGAUUGAAAGAUAAAUUUAUUUCAAAUCGGCACUCUCAAUUCCCAUGGUAUCAAUGAGCACUUUUCAUCAAACUAAUUUAUUCUUGUUUUCUCAUCACCAUAUUCCCACCAAUAGUGUAGUUCCAUUUUCUUCACAUGAACACACACAAAACCUAUAAUUCUCCCGUUUGCUCUGACAAAGGGCUAAUCCUUGAAAUGUCAGCUUUGAAACUAUCCCACUGAUGCAGCAUGACAGUUUCUCUAGAAACUUACCUCCCUUUAUAGUUUAGAAUGGCAGGCUGUUAUAUUUUUAAGGCACAGAGGACCCUCUCUUCUCAGUGAGGUCAAGCUCCAGGUUCAUAAUGUCUGAAUUGUCAUCAUUAGUUAUCAAUUUCACACUAGAUCUUGGUCAGUUCCCUUUUAUUCAAUUUAUUAUUGUUGCUUACUCAAUUUAUUUCAUUAAUUUUAUAGACUAUUGCCGGUGUGCAGAUGAGCCCAAUGUUUUCUCCUGUUCAUCCUCAGUCUUCCAUGAAAGGUUCAGUCAACAUUACCACACCUUAUCAACAGAAUAACAGAGCUCCUCAGAGUUCAUUCAGACAUGGUGGAAGACCAUUCCCUACUCAUCAUCUUCAGCCAAUACUGCCACGCCCCACUCCUCAAAGCAAUUCUUUACCAAUUCAGGAUACUGGAAAACAAGCAAUAAAGACUAUUGAACCCAAGGUACAAGAUUUUUAUCAUAGGAGCUCUACCAUUAUUCAAUAUUAAUUCUCCAGGUUUCAUCUUAAUUUUAAAGCAUUUUCUCAACUUAAUUUUGACCUGAGUCCUAUUCAUGUUGACUCUUUACACCCCACAAUCAGUAUGCAUAUUCUCCAUACUGUUUCGUAUAGAUUUCCUGUGGUUCUUACAAGGAGAAUUUGUGUAACAAUCAAAAGCAUCUUGAGUUUGUGAUCAUUUCCUCUAUUCUUGUGGCUUAAUUGUUUGAUUUAGGGGUGAUACUGUCGGAAGAAAUUAGAUGCUUAUCACUCGUAGGGGUUGAAGAGUUAAAAGUGUUUGAUAUCAUAUUGGGUCAAAGAGAUUCUUUUGAUAAAUAAUUUUACAUAUUUAAUCCCAAAUAUGCUCGAAACGCUGUUUUUUUAAUUAUCAUGCAUGGAGAUAUUCAUAAUAUUAUCCCAUGGUGGAAAUCAGAUAUGAUUUAAAAUUGUUGAUCAUUCAUAUUUUUUACAUGAAUCUGCAAUGUCUUUCAACAUCACUCCAUUUUUUUUCUUUUUGAUGUAGAAAAUGGAGUUCAUGGCUGCUCUUGGACUUAUUACACCACAGACGUUGAUUGGUAAGAGCUGUGAAUGGGAAUUUUGAAGGUGUUUACCCCCCUGGAUUAGAUGAGAAACUUUUAAAAUCCAUCAUAUACUUCUGUGUAUUUUUAGUUCUAGUUAAACUGUUACAGUUCUUCUUUUGUUAGUGGUACUUAGCUAGUUGCCACUUUCUCUUCUUUUUCCAUGUAAAAAUGGUAUGCAGUUGGCCAAUUUAUUUUCAACUCAUGAACAGAAGAUUUCUUUAUUCUCUCGGAGGAAAAACUAAGUUUUCAAAUUUGAAAUAAUUUGCACAAUAUCCUGCUUGCAAGAGUUAAGGACAUAAUGGCUCAACUAAUUUAUGCAAUUAUCAACAAAAUCUACAAUACAGUACAUUGCAAGAGGCAAUAUUGGCAAUAUUUUUCCAUGGAAUAUAAAUAGUAAUUUGUCAGUAUUAGUGUCCAAUUAAGGGCUCAAAAUUCCUUGUGGUCUCAACACUUUUGAGAGGUAUUUGGCUAUUGGUGCUUGGAUCCUUUGAAUAGCUCAUGGGAAGUGAAGCGUUAUGAAUACGGCUAAUAGUUUGUUUGAGGACAGAUAAAGUUUUAGUGGAAAAUUAUUGGUAUAGUUUGCCUUUCCUUUUGUAUUUCUACGGAUAAAUUAAGGUUGGCCAGUUUUUUCCUAUUUCCAAUAACAUUCCAAUGGCUUUUUCAUCUUCCUCUAUGCAUUAAUUCACAAAAAUGCAGUGUAGUCAUCAUUAGACUAAAUAUUGCUUUACUUUUGUGUUGAAACGACUGCAUUUUUGUGAAAAUAGGAAUUCAUGUUCCAUCCUAAGAUGUUGGCAGUUAACACUGAGUGAUCAUAGAAGCUUAUUAUGCUUCACAACACAACCUUGCCACUGUAUUUUGUAGAGAGAGGGAGAAAUUGAAUGUUUUAUAUUUGGAAACAUUAUCCUCUUUCCUGUUUUGAGUUAAGCUUGCGUGAUAACAAGCUGUUGCUUCAGUCAUUAUAAUUCAUAGAUGUUUCAACAUCAUAAUACUAAUGGCACAAGGAAUUUGUGAUGUAGAUUUCAGUUAAUCUGCCUCUGACAAGAGAUAAAACUGGCAGUCAAAGGUGUUAGGAUUGCAAUAUUGAUGUCUCUAUGCCAAUAAAUUUAAAUUUGUUUUGUAUGAUUGCAAAAAAAAAAAAUCACUACUUUGUGUGGAAAGCUAUACACGCAUGCUUUUGGCUCUCUAUUUUUACAAUGAUUUGGUUUUGUUGUCAUAUUUUGGCAGAAAUUCAGCUCAAGAGACAAGAACGGAAAAGAAGGAGUACUUGUAUAUCUCCACAGAAUGCACUAGAUAUAGACCCAGAGGUGAGUUAUGUGAGUUAAUGGAUUCAUUGUGAUUCUAAUGAUCAGUUUGAACUGUAUUGUAAAUAACACACUGUUUUUAAGCUACUAAAUGCCUCAAAAUACACUGAUUCAUGUUGUGGUUUAAAAUCCUUACCAGGGUAAUCUGGCUCACUCUUAUAAUCAGCUUAUGCUAUGCUACCCUUUUGGAGUUGUGUAAUCUUAACAAUGAGCAUGUCUCCAAUUUAAAAAAAAAAUGAACAAGGAUCGAGACACAGAUGAGAGCCAGGAGUCAUGUCUGUGGCUAUAUCUGGAGUUAGUAAUAAGGAUAACAGAGUGUGUCAAAACAUGGGAUGAGAAUGUUAAGUUUGUUUUCAACUGUUAGCUGUUGUAGGAUGUAUAUACUAGAAGGAUGUUAUUUGUAUUGUUUAAAGGGAGGAACAAAGAAGAAUUUUGGAGUCCUCAUUAGGAGUGGAAUCUCAGAUCUUCAUGUUUCCCACUCUGAUAUAUGUGCAUACUUUUGCUUUAUACCAAUGCAUGAUUUCUUUCUCCUCUCCUAGCCCAAACGAAUUAAGAAGAUAACAAUGUUACCAGUUAAAAGAGGCAGAGGUCGACCUCCCAAGUUUAACAGUGCACCAAACUCACCAAAACCUACUUCACCUGUCCCUAAUGGUUUUGCUGAAAAUGGAAAGCUCAAAAAAUUUAAAUAUAAGCGCUUUGUUACAAUGGAUUCUCCAGUUGAUGAGGUAAUAAACUUUUCAUUUUAUAGUUAUUGUAUUACAUGGAAUUCUAUUCAAGGGUCACAAAAAGUUGGUAUUUCAGUUUUCCCUUUUAAAAAAUGUUUGGAAGAUAAAUUUACUCGGCAAUAACACUUUUUGUUUCAACAUUUGCAUGUAACCAAUUUGAAGACUUGCAGUCAUUUUGUACAUUUUUUCUCAAUGGUAGUGCUCCUACAUGUGAGGUCAAUACUGAAAUAUUUGGUGUUUGCUUAUGAAAAUAAUUAAUUCCAAUCAGAUGUAUAUUUCCUUGUUUGUUAUGAAACAUUCCAAAGGUGUUGGCCCAGAUUGGAUGUGAGGAACAUUUAAACAUUAUUUAAACUCUUUUGGUCAUUAUCAAAGGGUAUAUAUGUUUGACAAAGAAUAGCUCAAGUUUGUAGCAUAUACACUUUUUCCUGCAAUCAAUCAUAUAAUGAAAGAGUCAAUUGAUUUGGCCAAAAAUGUUUACUUGCCCCCACAAAUUCUCAUUUCUUUUUAUCUGUAGGAUGAUAAUCAUGAUGAAGUAUGUGCCAUCUGUAAAGAGAGUGGAGAACUACUGCUUUGUGACACUUGUAAUUUAGUUUAUCACAUGAGCUGUCUAGAUCCUCCACUAACCUCUGUUCCUCCUGGCAUGUGGCUUUGUCCUAAGUGUCGGGUGAGGAUCACAUUUCUGUAAAAUUUAGCUGGUUUGAAUUAAGGCCUUUUCGUGAUCCAGUUAUAUGCAUACCCUCAUUUUUAGAAGUAAUUAGGUAUUACAGUUAUUCAAAAGUCCUUAUUGUCUGUAAACAUUAUCUUUACAUUCAGGGAUCAACUAAGCUUCCUCUUGAGUGCAGACAUCCAACUUCGUUGCAGACUUAACCCUUUAACUCCCUGAAGUGAUCAACAUGAAACUUCUCCCUAUAAUAUCUGUACUUUAUCCAGCAAACAGGUCAUGAGAAUAUUCAAACUUAUCAGGUUGAAGUCAUUAUCUUGAUCUUACACCAAAUUCUCAUGACUAAUUUACAAGGAUAUUUGUAGCAGCUAGAGGGGAGAAUUAACAAUCAGAUCUUGGGAGUUAAAGGGUUAACAGUGCCUUUGUUUUUAUUUUAGGAAAGAGUCAAAGAGGAUGAACCCAUGCCUUGGCCUGGUACUUUAGCAGUGGUACAUUCAUACUUAGCUCACAAAACAGGUAAAAAGAAUAUUCAUCCACGAAGUUAACUAUUACACUACAAUUAUUAGGUAAACGAGUUGUGGAAAAAGUUUGGUGACAGGGUAUUGACUGUAAAUGGUGCUGUCAGCACCACCUUUCCUCAUUUUUAAUAGUGACAAUUGAUUGUGAAAACCUGUUGCCACUUGUAAUGGAGCCAGCUUCUCGUGUAAUUAGCAGGAUUUUUAAUUUCAGUUGUGUUUUCCAAACUUCAUUCACACCCUGCUCAAAUGUAAGUCACACAUCCAUUUCAAUUAUCAGCCAAACAGGAAGGAGUAAAGUCUACUCACAUAUAGUUUUAUUUAUAUAUGAUUAAUUUGUAUAUCACCAUUUUCCUCUUAUUUAGCAAAAGAAGAAGAAAAGAAUAAACUCUUAAAAAGAAGUGAAGAGUUAAAAGCAGAGAGAGUGGAACUAGAGGCCAAAGCUAAGCAGCUCAGUAAUGCAAUCAUGGUAAGGUUACUUUAAGGCCUUUGGAGUGCAGCCAAGGGACAAACAAUUUUCUUUAACUUUUGGGAGUAGGAAUAGAAAGACUUUAAAAAUGAACUUUCUUUUUCUCUGUUACUGUCUGUGCAAAUAAUUUUUUCCUUUUGUUUUGUGGCAGACUUUAUUUUUUUUUUUUCGGUAGAGAGGGGGACAAUUCUUUUGGACAAUUUUUCAAUUUUUUUCUUUUGCAUCCACUUACAAAAAAUUAUGGCCUAAGACCAAGGAAAGGGGUAUUGUUGUGUUCAUGAGCAAAACACACCUUUCCAAACUAUUUAAGUGUGAAUUUUGUCUCUCAGUUGGAAAUCUUAGCCACUUGAUGUAUUUGAUUUAAAGUGUUUGCUGCAACUAUAACUAGGUUUUGAUUGAUCUCAAUAAACAGCCAUAGCAAAAAAAAAAAAAGAAAAAAGAAAAACAUCAUUGGUUUUUAGUCGGAGAUUAAUGAUCUGCAUUGAGGGUUGAGAUGUCUUCAGGGCAAUACUGACAAAAUCAGCUAUAUGUUGCUUCUUUGGAAUGCUUGCAAUAGUUUUGAUAAGUAUCUUACUACUUGUUUAAAAAUACAAACCUUUCUGCUCAAGUUGUUGAAUGGUCAGUCACCACUACCAACUACAGUCUGUAAUACAAAAUUUAAGUUCAUAGUUAGAUGGACUAAAUUUUAAAGAAUCUGUCCUUUUGUUUUUAUUUGAACUUAGGAACAGAUGCAGGCCAAAAGUGAACUCUCAGCCAGCAACAAAUCCGCACAGAAUUCUGUUGAUAGAUUGAUUAAAUUUAUUGAAGUGGUUCAGAGUUUAUGACAAGAAUUAGUUUUUCUCUUGAAUUAACGCUGAGAAUAUUUAUUGAAACCAUUGUUUUCAAAUUGGUUUGUUAAUGUUAAUUGUUUAUCAGAAGAUAUUUGCUACAAAAUGUCGGAUUGUAUGAACUAUUUUUUGGGUUGCGCAUAUGUUUCAGUGCAUUUUGUAAGCGUUGUAGAUAAUAAUAUACAUAAUUAACAGAGAAGAUUGUUGCAUUUUGUAAUAGGAAAGAAAAGCACAGAUGUUGUUUGCAAAAGUAAUAAAAGUACGUAGUGAU